AAUAUGGCGGCGUAAGAGAGAUGAAUGAAGACGCGUGUCAACGAUUUUUAAACAAUUUUAUUAGAAAUUCUACCCUUACUGAAUGAUGCAGUAAAAGACAUAAGAUGCCUAGAGCUAAUAGAAAUAAUCAUGAUCAAGGUCAUCCAAGGACUCAAAGACCUGGAAGGCAUGGGAUUGUAACACCACCAAAUUCAAACAUGUCUCACAAUAGAACCUCUGAAAACACUCCAAUCACCCAUGCUUCACCGACAGUUAACCUGACUAAUUCAACUCUAACAGAAACACAAGCACCAAAGAUUAUUCCACUUCUUGUUGGAGCUACCACUGGUAUUGCUAACAGUACUUCUUCAACAAAAGAGCUGGCACAAAAUGCUUCAGCAAUCAAUGAUAUUCAUAAUCAGUCAGAAAACGUCAGUUUGAUUCCAGGUUUCGAAAGUGAAGUUAUCGGGAAUCCCAGCAGUGUCAUUGGUCAUUCUUCUUUUCUCUCAUCAUCAGUUGCCAACGAGGAGCCAAAUAAUCCUCAUGGUAAAGUAAAUAAAAACUUCAACAGAGCAGUUAACUUUCCUAGUUUGUUUUCAACAUUGGGAAAGAAAGCUGAAGCCAUGCCAAUCAUGCAUUCUUCAAACUUUUCACCUCCUUGGAUACAGACAUUUGAAAAAGCAGGUCUCUUAAAAGCAAUUGCUUCUGAAGGCUUACCAGAAGAUUGUUCUAAAGAUUCCAAUACUGAAAUGAAAAAAUUAAGAGAGGAACUCAUCCGAGAAAAAGCGGCAAGAAUUAUAUUGGAACAGCAAAUGAAUCAAGAAAGACAGCAACGAGAAAGAGUAGAACAAGAACUUGAAAACAUGAGGACUGUAAACCAAGAGCUUGAACAAAGUCUUCAAGCAAGUGAACAACAGAGAAAUGAACUGCAAGCUACACUAUCUACUGCACAACAAGCUCUUGAAGAGUAUCACAGUUCCAGUAGUUCUUCUGAUUGGGUAUUGCGUCGGGAUGAGAUUGUGGUCUCUGAUAAGGUGAUCGGUGUAGGAGGGUGGGGUAAGGUGAUGGAAGGGGCAUUUCGUGGAUGUAAAGUUGCGGUGAAGCAAAUUCAUGAGCUUAUUCUCUCGCCUCACAACAGGAGGCUUUUUGAGCGAGAGAUGAGCAUAGCUUCCAGAUGUCGUCACCCUUGUCUUCUUCAGUUUAUUGGUGCAACCAACGACGACCAAAGUCCUUUGUUUGUAACAGAGCUAUUGGACACGAGUCUAAGAGCAAUAUUACAUGAACGUGCAUUAGAGGCCAUGGAAAUCACAACUAUGGGACUCGAUGUGUCCAAAGCAUUAAACUACUUACACCUCAACCACCCUGCUCCUAUUAUCCAUCGGGACAUUAGCAGUGCUAAUGUGUUGCUAUGGAAACAUGGUACUCAUUGGCGAGGGAAAGUGUCGGAUUAUGGUACGGCAAAUUUUAUGCAAUACUCCAUGACGGUCAGUCCUGGUGCUGUGGUUUACUCGGCUCCUGAGGCACAGACAUCCCGACAGUCACCAAAGGUUGACGCAUACAGUUUUGGAGUGUUGUUAUGUGAGAUGAACAUUCGUGAGUUCCCAGACACGACAUACAGAAAUGAACAAGUUGCCAUGGUUACCAAUCAUUUUUUCAGGGACCUUAUAAGGAGAUGCUUGCAGCACGACCCUGAAAAACGUCCUGAUAUGACACAAAUUAUUAAUCUGCUGGAGAAUCAAAAAUUCUAAUUAGUGAUAUUUUAAAGAGCUAUUUCAAAAAAGACUGUCUCAUGAAUACUAAGGGGGCUUUUAUAUCUAUUAGCACAUUGGCAAAAUUGUGAAAAUGAAAGCCCCCUAAGUAAAAAGAAAAAUAUUUUAGUUGGGGAGUCACCCUAGAGGGAAAUGUCAAAUGUAAGGUUUUCGGAAAGACUAUUCCCUCAAUCGAUUUUAGGCAUUCACAUCAGGAUUGCAGUAAAGUGCAUUGGUACCUCCCUAUGAACCCCCCUUAGACUUGCUCCUGUGCAUAGUGAAUUGCAAAUCAAGGCAUCACGGGUAUUUCAAACUCUUGAAAACCAGGCUAAUAUUAUGAGUGAGCUAGCUUAUAUAUAUAUAUAUUUAAAAAAACGUACGAAAUACCUAGCUAUCCAAGUUAUUAACUCUUGAUAAUAAUAUUUGCAUGCUCCUUGCACAAAUAAAACGAAGACAAAGGACUAGCGUCCGAAACGUCAGUAAGUUUUUUCAUCUUUUCACGGUGUAUAAUUUACCUUUUCAUCAUUACAAAUAAAAUUGCAUUAAUAUAGAAAAAUUCAA